GAGCACUGGAAUGUUUGGUUCCUUCCAGGGUGUCCUGGGCCGUGUCUGCCAUGGCCAUGCAGAUGCAGCUCGAGGCCAGCGCAGACACCUCAGCAGAGGAGGAGAGCUUUGGGCCACAGCUCAUAUCCAGGCUGGAGCAAUGUGGCAUAAAUGCCAAUGAUGUGAAGAAGCUGGAAGAAGCUGGAUUUCACACAGUGGAGGCCGUGGCUUAUGCACCGAAGAAGGAGCUGCUGAACAUUAAAGGCAUCAGUGAAGCCAAAGCUGACAAAAUCUUGGCUGAGGCAGCCAAACUGGUUCCCAUGGGCUUCACCACGGCCACAGAAUUCCACCAGCGGCGGUCAGAGAUCAUCCAGAUCACCACUGGCUCCAAAGAGCUGGACAAGCUGCUUCAAGGAGGAAUAGAAACAGGGUCCAUAACAGAAUUAUUUGGGGAAUUCCGUACUGGGAAGACGCAGCUGUGUCACACCUUGGCUGUCACCUGUCAGGUGGGUGAGGGAAAAGGCACAUCCAUGGACACGGAGGGGACCUUCCGUCCAGAGCGGCUCCUGGCCGUGGCUGAAAGGUAUGGCCUGUCUGGCAGUGAUGUCCUGGACAACGUAGCCUAUGCUCGGGGCUUUAACACCGACCACCAGACCCAGCUGCUGUACCAGGCCUCGGCCAUGAUGGCUGAGUCACGGUACGCUCUGCUGAUCGUGGACAGCGCCACGGCCCUGUACCGCACGGACUACUCGGGAAGGGGGGAGCUCUCCGCCAGGCAGAUGCACCUGGCCAGGUUCCUGAGGAUGCUGCUGCGCCUGGCAGAUGAGUUUGGCGUGGCUGUUGUCAUCACGAACCAGGUGGUGGCACAGGUAGACGGAGCUGCCAUGUUUGCUGCAGAUCCCAAAAAGCCCAUUGGAGGCAAUAUCAUCGCUCAUGCUUCCACCACCAGGUGAGACAAGAGAUGGUCACAUCCCAGGAGCCUGGGUUGGGAAUGUUUU